UCGUGCGGGUUGUCCCUCCAUGCUUGCCAUCUUUCAUGCUCAGUGACGUAUUUCCGGUUAAGGCAAGUUCUUCCAUGCCACUGAUACAACGCUGCGGACAAUUAAUUUUCGACACGAGCUAAGACCAAAAUAAACCACAUAUACAAUGUUCAAACUAGAGGGACUCGGCCCUAAAAUGGACCCAGAGGAGAUGAAGAAGAAAAUGCGGCAAGAUGUGAUCUCAUCUUUACGAAACUUUAUCAUUUACGUCGCUCUGCUCCGAGCUAACAGCGGGAGAGAAGCAGCUGUUCCGGUGCAGAUUGGACCUUUCGGAGACAAAGCCCGCCAUCCCUCGAUUACAUCGUUGGUCCAGGCCCGCCCAUACUCCAGCAUCUCCCGGAAAGCCGACAACGGUAAACGCUGCUUCGAAAACAUCGGACUGAAAGCAGGCGACUGUUAA